CGUGCAAGCACGUCCUACUGAAUGUCCGUCCGGGGAUAAGCAAUUCAAUGUCCGUCGUUCACUUCGUUGCUUAACGCUGUUAGGUAUCACUCUCACGGCUGCUACAACCAUCGCGCUCCUAGGCAACACCUCAUGUCGCAAUCGGCAUGUCUAUUGAACGUGAUCAAUCCCUUGCGUAGGUGGUUGUUCCAUCAUGACGGGCAAGCGGUUUACCGAGGACCAGAGAGUCCUUCUUGAAAGGAUGCUCACUCUCAGGGACAAACUGUCCAACCACGACAUCGCCUUUAUUCUGGGCUUUGAUGAGCGUACCAUCCGUCGAAGGAGGUAUGAGUUCGAAGCCAAUGGCAGGAUCGCACCACCACCAGAUGUCAGUAAAAAUGCAGAGAAAUUAAAGGCUGAGAACCUCGAGAAACUUGUGGAGUGGCUCAAGUACAACGACGAUGCCUUGAUCGAAGACAUGCAAAAGUUUCUCAAAGAGGCCUGUGAUUGCAACGUCAGCAGGGCCACCAUCAGCAGACAACUGAAGAAAGUUACCAAAGAAGACAGGCAACUGGGUCGCGUCAAGCGUCUAAAGGCUCGGGAAAAGAGGGCAGCUGAGGGCCGUGACUUUGACUUCACUGCUCCUUCGCGAAGUGCGACUGCCAGCGUGGAUAGAGAUAGUGUCGUCGGUGAAACAACACAAUCACAACAGCAAGAUCAGCAACAACAACAGCAGCAGCAAGAACUGGGGCAUCAGCAACAACACAAACAGCUACGGAAACUACCGCCAGGGCAGAAGGAGCUACCGCAAGUACCACAGCAACAGGGACGGCAACAACAACAACAACAACAACAACAACAACAACAACAACAACAACAACAACAACAACAACAACAACAACAACAACAACAACAACAACAACAACAACAACAACAACAACAACAACAACAACAACAACAACAACAACAACAACAACAACAACAACAACAGGCACAGGCACAGGCACCACCAGAAGCUCGGUUCGAACCAUUCCAACCUUCAGGUUUGGACUUUCCAACUCCCGAGCAAGCCCUUCUCUCCCUAUCUCGGACCCAGCCACAAGGCCCACCACUACCACUUGCAGAAAGUAGUAGGGCAGCAGCACAAAAGUAAACAAGAAC